AUGCAAGAUAAUAUAGCUGUUGGUAUCGGUGGCAGCUUCUUAGGUCCUCUUCAAACAGAUCCAGAGGCUAUCGAAACAGCAAGGGGAAGGCAACUGCAUUUUCUUGAAAACGUUGAUCCUAUUGAUGUUGCCAGAAAUAUUGCAGGAUUAAAGCCAGAAACUACCCUCGAUGCAACUGUGUUGCUUUUCCAGAAGUGGUAUCCAAAUGAAGAAUUCUUUUCCGAGACACCCUCACCUCAGAAUUUGGAGGAUGACGUUCUGAUUAAUCUAGAGGACUAA